AUGGAUGUUGAAAUUCAAUUUGAGAAUCUUUUAUCAAAUUUACAUCAGCUUGAAAAGUUUGUUGAUCGUCCAGAGCUUGGGACUAAUUAUGUACUACCCACGGUUGAGAUCUUGCUGAAUGCUGCAAAAAUUAACGCUGAAAUAUUUCUCUCUAAAGCGCUCCAGCAAAAGUUGUGGAAAACAAUAAAGUUGUUGAUAGAUGAUGUAUCACAAAACUCGAAGGAUAACAAUAGAAAAUACAACCUAAUCAAUGUUUGCAACAUGGCACUUUGUUGGCUUGUCGAUUUAUCGUUGCUUGUCCAAACCGAGUGCGGAUUUCAAUUUUCUGCGGCACCUAUGUUUUUGGUAGCAAACAAAGCAUUAUAUGUUCCAUACCCUCAACGAUUGUCAUCUUCGUACAGAAGACGAUUCGAAUCCUUUAUAUGUUUGCGAGUUGGAGAUCUAUUUCGAUAUAAGUCUGAACACGAUACAGCUGAUCGACUCUACGCUGCAUCGGUUAGUGCCAUUCCAUUCAUAGGAGAUGCUUGGAAUCAACGAGGACUAGUUGCGAUGUUACGUGGUGAUACUUUGUCGGCUUUGUACUAUCAUUAUCGAGCGAUAUAUUGUAAAUUUCCAUUUCUGGCUGCUUCAUCGAAUAUUCAAAGGAUUCUCGAAAAAUACUCUAAUGAAGUGGUCGUUGUAAAAUCCUCAUACGACGAGCGCUACUUGCAUGCCCUUUCUUAUUCGCACUUUUUGUUUCCAAUCAACCGAGAAAUUAUCGAUAGUUUGAUCAAUGAGAGUAUCUCCGUUGAACGUCUGACCUGUUUCAUUUGUGUCCUUUCCGAACUUGGAGAUUCUAAAGACGAAAAAGGGAUUUCUGACACUAUUCAACAUCUGAUCGAUGGUAUUAUCGACUUUAUUGCCACAAAGGAUUCGUGCUCCCAAGAAGACUUCUUGACUUUGGCACUCUGUCUUCGCGUUUGCUCGCAAGAAGUUUUACAAAGCAAAAAUGUCGAUUGCCUCAUGCAAAAAUUGAAGGAAAAACAAGUAUCAAUCGAAGAUGUUCACCAUUUACGUUGUCUGUUAUCCUUCGACAAUCCGCUACCUUAUCCGCUUAACUCCACUGAUAUAUUGAAUGUGUUGAGCGCAAUUCGAGAUGGUACUCAAAGGAACAAAAUUCCAUUGCCGCUAAAGGAAAAUGAAUCAGCACUAGCAAUCAAGGCAACUACAAACAAAUCAAGAAAGCCUGAUGUUAGUGUGGAGCCCUUCAAGAAUGAAGAAGGAAAAGACUACAAAUCGAUUAAUCAGCUUGACGAUAAUACGCAAGGAGGGUCUCGGCGAGUGUUUCAUGAAGAGUUAGAAGAUGUUAUUGAUCUUCCGUGCUCUUCCGAUGAGGAAAUUGAG